AUGCCGUAUUAUACAGACCGUAUCUCCACACUGUAUCUCCACACUGUAUCUACAAACCAUAUCUCCACAUCGUAUCUCCACGCCGUUUCUUCAGACCAUAUCUCCACACUGUAUCUCCACACUGUAUCUCCACAGCGUAUCUCCAUGCCGUUUCUCCACACCAUAUCUUCACAGCAUUUCUCCACAGCAUUUCUCUGUACCAUAUCUCCACUCUAUCUCCAUGCCAUUUCUUCACAACAUAUCUCCAAAUCGUAUGUCCACGGUGUUUCUUCAGACCAUAUCUCCACACUGUAUCUCCACAGCGUAUCUCCAGACCAUAUCUCCACAGCGUAUGUUCAGACUAUAUCUCCACAGUGUAUCUCCACGCCAUAUCUCUACACCAUAUCUCCACACUGUAUCUCCACGCCAUAUCUCCACACCAUUUCUCCACACCAUAUCUCCACACCAUUUCUCCACACCAUAUCUCCACAGCGUUUCUCCACACCAUAUCUCCACACCAUUUCUCCACACCAUUUCUCCACACCAUAUCUCCACAGCGUUUCUCCACACCAUAUCUCCACAGCGUUUCUCCACACCAUAUCUCCACACCAUUUCUCCACACCAUAUUUCAAAACUAAAUCUUCUGAAAAACGCUCAGUUGUACAAUUCUACAAAAAUUCUUAAAGGUUCCUCCAGAGGAAUAACUGAAGAACCCUUUAUGGCUCGAGACUUUCCCAGAGUCGAGGUAGCUUCCGCUUCUAAAAAAAAAAGUUUUGAAGCAGCCAAAGAUCACAAUCACUUUUAAAAUUAAUCUCACGAUGACGUAACGUUCCACUAUUAAAGCCUUCAAGCCAACAGCCUGCCUGCAAACCGCGAAUCAGUGACUAGCGUAUCAGAUCCCUCUGAAUCCAAAGCACACAGCCAGUGAGAUGCGAAUGCAGUGCAUUGUGGGUAAUAUACAUCGUUAGAAAGGUAUUAGCAUUAAGAAGAAAGCUGUUAGAAUGAAUUCACGUUUAUGUUGUGUUAAGAACACGUGAUGAACUCCUAUCACACACUGUGCCUUGUUUCUAGAAUUUUACUGCAGUGACCAUGUGACUUUUUGUAUUAAUAAUAAAAAUUACAUUUUCUGCGGACAUUAAACAACCUGCUUCCACAUCGUUCCAUAUUUAUCCGGAUUUUCUGAGCAGGAAACUGAUCUGGAAUCAGAUCGUCACGUUUAUUUUUCUAGAUCAGCUCUUUAACCUCACGUUCAUGUUAGACAGGAUAAAGUGCUAAAGUUAGCGUUAGCUACUCUGAACAUGUAGCAUUACAGCAGAUAGCUAGCUAAUAGCUUUAUAAAGUAAAAUUAAUUUGAGCUAGCUGGCUAGCGGGACACUGAAAGAGUCUCAUCACCGAGUAGCUAAAUAACCGGCUAGCUACCCGAGAACACUAACGUCGAACACGGCAGCACGGGGCUAACGUAACGUAUAUCAGCUAACACGCCAUUUUAUAGCUAGCUAAUCACUGACAAUCUGUUAGCGUUCUGUAUCUGAUUUCAACAAAAAGUUUCUAUGUUUCAAUCAAUAGUAGUAAAUUAGCUAGCAAUAUUAGCCUCUUCGUUUAGUAAAUUAUUUAGUAGAGUAAUAUAGAAAAUUAGCAUAAUACAAUUUAGAAACAAUAACCUUCUGUGGUUACUUUAAUAAGCUAGCUGUUGUAACCUUGUGUAUAUGUAGUUUAGCUUGCAAUAGUAUCCUGUUAAGUUAGCUAACUAUAGUCAUCUGGUAAAAUAAAAAAAUACGUAGUUAUAUAAUUAUACAAUAAUAUAUUACUUCCGUACAAGUAAAUUAGCAAGUAUUCUUUUAAUUAGCUAGCAUAGUGACAGAGUAAUAGAAAAUGAGUUAAUAGAGAAAUAAUAGCCUGUGUUUCGCUAGUUAAAGGUAACUCGACAUCUUUGUGUAACUAGAACUAAAGCUAAAACCGUCCUUGACACAUUCUAAAGCUAAGCCGUUAGCGUACCUGCGCUGUAGCAAUCGAACCCUCGCUAGUGUGAAUGUCAGGUUACUUGGAGAACUGAGGUAAAUAUGGAAUGUAGCUUUUAGCCUUUAGCUUUUUUUUUACUCGAAUGACUCGACUCUUGAUGUGAAAAAUGAAGUGCCUUCUUGUCAUUUAACCCGAAUGAAUUUAUCUGGAGAAUAAAAGUCUUGCCAGGUCGCAAAGCUGCUAUUAAACAGCCGUGGGAUUUCCUUUGUUUUUGAGUUGUUUUCUUUUUUGUACAUUUAAACAGAAGAGUUUUGAUAAACGGUUUUAUGUAUUUGUAAUUUGUACAUGAAUAAAUUAGCUCUUGUACGUUUCUCUAUAUCCAAAUGUAUAUGAAUUCAUCUUAAUAAAUCACCAAUGUCGAUGUUUC